CUGGAUUUGAUCCAAAACCGUUUGAUUUUUUCCCUCUGAUCUGGUUCAUCAAUAGUGAAACCAGAAGUUCGGUCGCGUUCUGAGCCCUGCCAGUUCCAACCUGUUGCCUGCAGCUUGUCGACCUCAAACUUGAGGAACUCGUACACUUACAUGUCCGAGUAUAUCGGUACCUUAAACACCAAUUAAGCCCGAUGCAAACAAGCUUCCCGAAUCUAUUGCAAGUACUACGUACUUCCAUUUUCCUCCAAUGCCAGGAGUCGAGGGGAUUUCUCCUCACCUUAAUGGACCAUUGUUCCUAAGGUGGCAGGGUUACACCCAACGAUUGGCUGAGCGCAGCGCAUUCAGGGGUAUACGACCCCCUUGCACCGAACAUCAAGUGUAUCACAUCAAAUGUACGGAGUAUCAUCUUCCCAUCGCCAACUCCCUUGUCCCUCACCAUUGCACGAACUAUCCCCUCCUGCAUCUCCUUUGUUUCAUCUGCUCCUCCGCCCGAACUGAGGUCGCGCAUCAGGCGCUAUGGCUUCAUCCUUAUGUUGCCCAUCUGCUACGCAUCCCUGGCAUGCGCUUCAGCGCUGCAGCCAAACUCGCAAUAUGUCCCAUCGUACCACACUACCGCUCUCUUGAUGCGACAGAACCGACUGUAGAUCGAGUCUUGCUUUUUGCAGGCACAACUACCGACAGACAUAUCCUGGGGACCUGGCUGUCGUGUAAGAGGGAGGAGAGUAUCCUGCUCGUAGCCAUUCGGUUCUUGUGUUCGUGAACCCGUUCGUAUCUGCGAGCUCCCUUCAUUGAAAGAGCAGCUGUCGUCCAACCAGCCGGUGGGGAGCGGGUGACUUUGAACAGGAUUCAGUCAUUCUUUCCGGGCGACUGCUGCAAGGCGAACACGUUGGUGGACCACGUUGCCAACCGGUUGUUGUCUUGCCCAUGGCCAACAUUGACAAUAUCUGGCAG